ACCUAAUUGCUGUACUCAACUACCUCAUCAUCAAUGGUACUCGGCAGACUUGUUCAUUACACAGUCGACGCUGUUCUUCUGUCAACCGUCGUUGCUGGCGUUCGACGGUCAAGUGGCUUCGCACCGGAUGCAUCCACAAUUCCAGACCCCACCAUUCGCUCCGUGGCAGAGAAGUUCCUGGGAGUUGGCGAGACAGUCUUUGAUAUGAUUCAAGCCACUGCUGUGAAUAGCUCGUUUUUCAAGAGGGAUCCAAGAUGACUUGGUACGGCUGGCCCGUUUGACGUGCCGCUGCUUGAUUCCAUAUGUGUUCAGAAAGAGGAUUGGGAUGCAUAACUAGAAAUUGAACUGCAUACAGUGACAGACCUUUCGAUAAUUUAUACACGGCAAAUUUUCAGGAUUG